GUUAUAGAUGUACUCCCGGGCAAAUAAUAUUAUAUUGGUAUAAUACAUAUAAAUGUAGUUCGUGUGCGCAGCGGGUACCAGCCGAUAGUGUACCUGUAUUUUUAGUGGGUAUCCUGCCUCCAGCUUAGUGAUCGUUUACAGCACGACCGAGUGGGACUAUUAAACAAUCGGCGCUGCGUUUUGUUUUCGUUCGAUUAACCCGAUCGCCCCGUCGUCGUGAGAACUAGACAGUGUAAUUUCGUAUGCACUGCGGGCGGCUUUCACUUUUCUCAGCAUUUUUCAGAGUUCGUGAGCAAAACGUAACUGGUUUUCAGUGCCGGGAUUAUGCAAUGUUGCAGUAGAUAAUAUGCUGGUCUAGUCUCAGUAGGCCGGGUCGGAGAUCGUGUGGUGCUCUCUUAACCGAUGCGGUGAUACGGCUCCUAGGCCCUAAGUCUCGUGAGACGCAGUGAUCCGCUGCAACGCAAACCGGACGGCCGUUUUAUACGGUGUAAACAUGAAGUUCGUAUCUGCAUGCCUUGUGUUGAUGGUCGCUGCUCUGCACGGAGGUGUGUUAUCAGAAUCAACAGAAAAUAAUUACGAUGAAAAACAAGUUACGUUAGAAAGUUUAUCGAGUAUUUCUAAAAGGCAAACAAAUUUCCAAAAUGAUAAUCUCAAUCAACAACAAAUUCCACAAGAAUAUAUCGAUUAUAUUCAACAGGCAAAUUAUGAUGGCAGUUUAGUACCGGAACAACAGUUUGGACAACAAAAUAUACAACAGUUUGGACAACAAAAUGUACAACAGUUUGGACAGCAAAAUGUUCAACAACAAGUUUUUGUACAAGGAUUACCAUCAAAUGCAUUUCCUCCGACGACUACGACGACACUAUCACCAUUCAGUGCUGAGCAAGUUCGGAUUCAAGGAGAGUAUGCGAGAAGAACACUAGUGGAACAGCAGACAGCGCUAACUAGACCCCGUCAGAGGCCUUUAGCCCAACAACUUCCAACUCAGUUUCAACUCCAACCUUCACCGAUCCCCGAAUUACAGCAACCACAACCACUGCAAUUUAUAGAUCAAAAUGGGCAAGUGCGUCAACAAAACUUUGCUCCUCGGCAACAAGAUUUAGUGUCACAACAACAAACCGCUUUGCCUGUCUCAAACGAUGAACCGUUUUCAUACGCUCAAGUCCAAUUUGGUCCAGUUGCCAAACAAGAGGAAACAGUCGUCAGCCGACCGAAAGGUCAAAGAUCCGUCUCGAGGCCCAGAACAAACUAUGCGGUAGAACCUGCUACCCAACAAACGGUAGAUUACCCAGCAGUGACUAAGGUGAAUCCGGUACAGAUUAAUAGCCGCUUACUCCAAAACGUGGUUUACAUCCAGCCAAAUGGUCAGAUGUACAAAGAAAUCGAAGAUACCGAGCCAGUAGUACAGAUUCCACGAAAGAACCACUAUUACCAGACGAUAUCAGCUGUAACUUCCGGGCCCACGACUAGCGCCACUUUGACUUCAUCAACCACUGCAAGUCCAAUCGAAGAAGAGCAAGUGAUACUGAUUCCUCGGCCGAAGAAACCUAAUCAGAGGCCUAGACAGGAAAGCCGGAAACCAAGUAGAGUACAACAGCAGGUGGUUAGAACUGAAAGACCUCAGCAGCAACAAGACCAACAACUGCAGCAGUCAUCCGAAGUGGAGCCGGACAAUUUUCUCACGUCGCUUCUAUCUAGAUUCCAGCAGACACAACCAGAGACGACAGUCGCCACUUUGCCAAAAGCGAGAGGCAGCCAAAGGCCAAAAAGCGGUAACCGUUCUGGAACAUCCAAGUACUUGCCGGACAGAAGUCAGUUACAGCUAUUGCAAUUUCCACAUGAGCUCAAGGCUUUAAGCAGUGCCGAACUCAAAGCCCUAGAAGAAACUAGCGAGCAGAUUGCUGCCGCAAAUGACAAAUCCGUUGGACAAAAACAGCUCCUAAGAAACACUCCCGUUUCUGGUACAAUACCGCCUUCACCAUCAUCAAACGUAAAACUCAACGAACGACUCAUUCUUGGGAAUAGACCAGUUCCCAUGCCCGUCGAACUUAACGAACAACAGCGUCAGUUCCUGGCAGCUCAAGGUAUUCGUAACUUGUACCGUGUGGAUUACGAUCAAUCCGGAAAUGAGUUACCACUGACUUAUGUAUUAGCAUUGGAUAACCGACCGAAACUUUCAGCAGAGCUGAAACAGAAACUCUGAACCUUCCCAUAAAAUAUCGACAUUAAAAAAGUGCCUAUUUAUGUAUUAAGUGUGUCUUAAAUGUAAUAUUAUUUUUUUUGUAAAUAAUAGUAGGUAUAAAGUAUAUACAGCAAUUACCCGUUUUCACUAUAAUCUAAAAUGCUUGUUUCCACCAUCUCUCGUUUCUGCCAAUAUUGAAAAAGGUUUGGUUCCCAUUUUGGUCAAUUUACCUGCUAUAAUGAUUAAAAUUGUAUAAAGCAACUAAAAAUCUAAGGAAAUGUAUUUUCCAUUUUAUUUAAAUUUAACACAGGUUAUAUAAAAUCAGUUUCACAGUCCUUCGAAUAACUUAUAUUUUUUAUACGGGUUAUUAGUUUUUUAUUUUUUUUAUAGAAACUAUGUUGAACAAACAGAAAAAUAUUAUGUAUUACAAAUGUUUGAUUUUUAUUAUUAUAUUUUGUAAUAUUAAGCAUACAAACUAUGUAAAAUUAUUUCAAGUUAAAAUGUAAACAUAACUUAACACAUAUAAUAGAUGCAACAUUCAACAUAAUAUUUUAUAAACUCUAAUACUUAUUAUUUAGUAAUAAAUUAUUACACAAG